AUGACUACACAGUUACUGAGGCUUACCUUUUUCUCAGUGGCCAGUGGUGGAUUGUCAAAGGGAGUAUGGGUGAAACGUCACGAUGACAAAGCUGUUGUAAUUCUGAAACAUCCAUUCCAGUGUCACCUGAUAGGAACUGUCAAAUUGUCCGUCUUGUCAGGAUGUGUCAAUAUCCUUGGUGCCAAGCUUACUGCAAAUGGACAAUGGCACAAUCUGUAUUCGCCUUCAAGCCAUAUGCUCCUCAAACUGACAACUGAGCAGCCAACAGGGAAAGAUAUUUCCCAGGCAAAGACUCAACUUUCAGCCAUGUUUUCUGAUGCUGAACAGUAUACUGAUCUUAUUACCUCCAGUGUUGUUGUCUUGCUUGUGUCUGACCUAAACUGGGGCUUCACUGAUUACAUUGCUACCAUUAAGCCAUACCAGAAGCUCUUUCAACGACCUCCUGAGGCUGAGAAACUCCCUUAUAAUAAGAAGCUGAAGCCUUUUACUGUCUCUCUCUUGGAGAAAACUGAGAUGAUGACUUCAGCAUCCUCUUCAGAAAUCGAUAAAUUCCUGACAAAGUGGCCAUUAAUUUUAAAAAACAGUGAUUGCCCUAAAGUCUUGCUUUGCGGUGGAAAGAACACAGGAAAGUCAACUUUUGCUCGAAUCCUAACCAACAUGGCAUUAGAGACUAAAAAAGCUGUUUGCAUCCUUGACUGUGAUCCUGGCCAGACAGAGUUCACUCCCCCUGGUUGUGUUUCAUUGAAUGUCGUGAAACAAUUUAUUCUUGGUCCUCCCUUUUGUCACCAACAAGAUCCUGCCUUUAAUACAUUUUUUGGAGAGGUAUCACCUGAAGGCAACCGUAACCAUUACAUGAUGUGCAUACGCAGUGCUAUUAAUUAUUACUUGAGAAUGCCAGAACGCCUGCCUCUCAUCAUAAAUACGAUGGGAUGGAUUAAAGGUCCUGGUAAAAAAAUGCUUGAUGGUAUUAUCAAUAUGAUACCCCCAGACCAUGUGGUAUUGCUGAACUCUGUGAAAGAAAGAGUAAAUCCUUCUGAUUUGCUCCCUAAAAACGUCAUGAAGAACCAAUGGCGUUUUGAGGGUGAAGCCUCAGACCGUCAUGUUGGUUCUACAUGUAAUUGGGAUCUAACUGUUCUAAAAUCUGUUGUGCGAAAUGUUGAGAAAAUGACGAAAUUGAGCAAUGCUGAUUUGCGAAGUUUGACAAUUCUGUCUUACCUUGGCAAAAACUGGUCACCUGGAGUCAGCCUUAAUCAUAAUGUUCCUUACAAAAUAAAAUGGAGUUCUCUGGCCAUACAUGUUUGCCAGGAAAUUGUUCCCCCAAGUCAAAUUCUCUAUGCCAUUAAUGCUUCAGUUGUUGCCUUAUGUAUUGCUGAUCUGACACAGGGUUAUCGUCAUAAUGGUGAUGAAAAUCUCCCAAUAAGCUUUCAGAAAAGGCCAAUUUGCAAAUGUUUGGGAUUUGGAUUUGUGCGUGGAAUCCAAGUUGAAACGCAGAUGCUGUACAUUGUCAGCCCAUUACCUUUGAAUGCCAUAUCACAAGUGAAUACUCUGCUGCGAGGACCGAUUUACUUACCUCUUGAUAGACUUCAAACACAAGAUAUAACAGAUUUGAUGUAUGUGGAUAAAACUUUAACUAAAACCACUGGUUCCCAAACGCUGAAGAAGCGACAAGGUAUUCCAAGACGUAACUGA